UUAGAGAUCCUCCAUUUAACUUGUAUUCUGUAGAAAUAAACGCAAUGGCAAAGGACCCACUUAGAUACGUUACAAAAGUCGAUUUGACUAGACCAGGAGGUGAACAACCUCAACUCCAUAAUAGAUGGCACCCUGAUGUUCCAUUUACUGAAACGAUAGAGCCUGGGGAAACUGUUAAAAUAGAGUGUUUGGAUUGGACCGGAAAUCAGAUCAAAAACACCGACAAUGCUGAUGAUUUGAGACAUGUUGACCUUACACAAAUUCAUUAUCUCUCAGGCCCUUUCAACAUCAAUGGUGCAGAACCUGGUGACUGUUUGGUGGUUGAGAUUAAGGAUGUACAGCCAUUGGAGAGACAACCAUGGGGGUAUUGUGGGGUGUUCCAUAAGGAAAAUGGAGGUGGAUUUCUCGAUAAGUUCUACCCUGAAUGCGCCAAGGCGGUGUUUGACUUUGAAGGAAUUCAUUGCACUUCGAGACACAUCCCGCAUGUUAAGUUUUCCGGUUUGAUUCAUCCAGGAAUUAUUGGCACUGCUCCAUCAUAUGAAGUUUUAGAAGAGUGGAACGCACGUGAGUCCGGACUCAAGGCUGCCAUUCAACAUGAACACGAAACUCUGGUGGCAAAUCUCCCUGAGCCAAAGAAUUGUUCACCAGGAUCUGCCACGGGGGAAAUUGCCGCCAAAAUUGCAAAAGAAGGUGCAAGAACAAUUCCAGGGAGACCAGAACAUGGAGGUAAUUGUGACAUUAAGAAUCUUUCCAGAGGCUCAAAGGCAUUUUUCCCCGUUUACGUUAAGGGUGCCAAACUUUCACUUGGUGAUUUACAUUUCUCCCAAGGAGACGGAGAAAUCACAUUUUGUGGAGCCAUUGAGAUGCCUGGGGUCAUUACCAUCCAAACAUCAAUCAUCAAAGGUGGAAUGAAGCUGCUUUCCUUGAAAUCGCCCAUGUUUAUCCCCGGUGAUGUCCCCAAUCAGUAUGGUCCUUCGAGAUAUUUAACGUUUGAAGGGUUUUCCGUAACUGAAGAGGGGGAACAAAAAUUCUUGUGUGCCACUACUGCGUACAGACAAGCAUGUAUUCGAGCAAUUGAGUACUUGAGACGUUUUGGUUACAACGAUUACCAGAUAUACCUUCUUUUAAGCUCAGCACCUAUUGAAGGUCAUAUUGCGGGGAUAGUGGAUGUCCCCAAUGCGUGCACCACAAUAGGUAUCCCAAUGGAUAUAUUUGACUUCGAUAUCAGCCCCAUGGCCGAGCUAAAGAAAUUGGAUAUGGGUAAUUGUGCCUUGGUCACAGGAAGUGACCAUGCCUUGACUUAUAGUUUUAAAUGAGGAGGAAUAAUUUUUUAUUUAUAUUGUUAUAAUAUACACAGAAUAGGAGCUUACAU